AUGGAGGAUCAUCAGGAUUCUGCGGAGCUUAGUUUCGACCCGGUAUGGCAGAAAGCUCAGUGUCUGAAUAUAUGUGAAGUAGAACAGCUUCUACGACAACCCUACGCCCGUUUGGUUGAGUCGGGUCGUACUAGUGCUAAGACACAAUGCCUAGAGCAGAGUUAUAAGCAUGCACUCAGGUUUUCUAAAAUUACAGAUCCUGAAGCCUUGACGGAGCUGCGUGCAGCACUCGAGGACUGGGAGCCACCUACUGCGGCUCAGGGAGGCAAGUUGCACAGCUUCGAGAUGGCGCAGUUGGUGUCGUUACUGCCAGAAAACGCGAGUGUGGCGAAAUCGUUGAUACCGAGUAUGUCACGAUAUAGUGACAAUGAUCUCGAUCAGCUGCUCGCUGACAUAACUACUUACAAGAGUUUUGGUGGCGGUAUGGGUCUGGAAGAGGACGGUCAAGACGAAUUGAUAUGA